CGGGCGCGCGUCGCGGGCUGAGGCGGAGGGACGGGGCCAAGAUGGCGGCGCCCGUCCUGCUGCGGGUGUCGGUGCCGCGCUGGGAGCGGGUGGCGCGGUCCGCCGUGUGCGCCGCCGGCAUCCUGCUGUCCCUGUACGCCUGCCACCUGGAGCGCGAGAAGGGCCGCGACAGCCACUACCAGGCCCUGUGCGACCUCAGCGAGCGGGUGCGCUGCUCCGCCGCCAUCACCUCCAGAUGGGGUCGAGGAUUCGGUCUCUUGGGUUCCAUCUUUGGAAAGGACAGUGCAAUAAAUCAGUCAAACAGUGUUUUUGGCCUGGUGUUUUAUAUACUACAAAUGCUACUGGGUAUGACAGCAAGUGCAGUAGCAGCUCUAAUCCUCAUGACAUCCUCCAUAGUGUCUGUAGUAGGGUCCCUGUACUUGGCAUACAUUCUGUACUUCGUGCUGAAGGAGUUUUGCAUUGUCUGCGUGCUCACAUAUUUGCUGAACUUCAUUCUCUUUAUCAUCAACUACAAACGACUAGUUUAUUUGAACGAGGCCUGGAAGAGGCAACUCCAACCCAAACAGGAAUAACCCCUGCUGGAACUUUUGACUGACAGUCUGAAGACCCAACUUCCAUUAAGUUUAUUUUGCAGUAAUUUUUUUAUUCUCCAUAUCAGACACUUCUUGCCCCCCUUUCCCCCACAAGAAUCAUAAUGGAAAUUUUGAAUUCUAAAUUUCAAGGGGCCCCAGAUAAUUUCUCUGUGCUAAUCUUCAGUUUCAAUGAGGUUCUGAAAGAAAGCUCUAUAACAAUCAAAGACAAGCUUUAACUUUACUUGGAAGGAGUUUUAGCCACAGCAAAACCUAGACUCUCUCUCUUCCCCCUCCACUUGUGAAGUGGGUAACACUUGCUAUAAAAUAUCCUGUAUAUAAAUUCAGGUAUAACAAGAUGUGAUCAUGACAUGAAAUAUUCUAGACUAGCAUCACCAUAUUUAAUAUUGCCAUGUUUACAGUAAGUGUAUUUUUUUCUUUUUUUUUCUUUCUUUUUUUUUUUUUAGCUGAUGGACUUAGAUUUGACUAGGACUUAUACUGUAAAUAAAAUUAGAACUCUUGGUUUCAUCCCUGGAGAACUCACUGUCCCAUGGGUUGGUUAGGAGCUGUCAGAGGUUCAGCUCAGAGUCGACUGACACGAUGGAAGAAGUGACCUCCAAAGAACAUGGAGUUGCUGCUCUCACUGUUGUGAUUUCACAAGAAUGAUGCUUGGGGUUGGUUCCAUUUUUUCUUCUUUUUUAUUUUUUUUUCCUUUUUUUUUUUUUGUCUCCAGUAACAAAAAUGGAAUUAAAGCUGAAACCUGAAGUAUGUUGAUUAAACGACAACCUCAUUAAUUUCUGUACAGAACAAAAAUAGCUUCAUGUGGUCAAUGAAAAGCUGAUUUGCAGACUGGGGGUCGGAUGAAGUGUUCUUUGAAAGGACUCAUUUCCAAGCAGAGCUGUUCCUUUUGAAGCUGUGCUCAGCCAGCCAGUGUUACUAAUGUUUGAUGUUCUGUGAAUGCUGCAGGAUAGAAUUGCAAUUUGCAGUGGAAACCACUGAGUGAGCAGGAUAACCACGCAGUGCACUGAAAAAGCAGUUCCUUAAUUGAUCUUGGUCAGGAUCUGUGGUUUGUGCUAUAUUGGGAAAUGAACUUUAGGCCUGACACACACACACAGAGAAGAUCUCUUGGAAGGGCAACCUGUUUAAUGGGAUAAAUAAGUCAAUGUGCUCCUGAAAAUGAAAUGUGAUAUAGUGCUAUCAUUGCUCUUUCUAAGAACUAAUUAGGGGAAAAAAAAUUCAACUGCAUAUUUUAACAAAGGAACAAAAUUGUACACGUUGUUUCUGCACUCAGUAUUCUAAGGCUGAAUGUUAAAAGUGCCUUCUGUCUUCAAAUCUUAAACCAAAUACUUUGUGUUGAACUUGGCAGGCAGAAGUGUCCUUGCUUUAAAAAUGAACAAACAAAAUUCCCAGCAAACUUGCUGGGGAUAGAAGAGUAUUAAGAGAUCUGGUUUUAGUUUUUAGACUGAGAAGUGGUAGCAGUAUUGUUUUCAGUUUAAUUUAAAAGCUUGAUGUGAUUUGGAAAAGUGAAAUAUUUGUGUUUCAGACUGUGUGACACCAAAAUGUGUGGGUUCAGCUACUUUCUGUAAUUGGUGCUGUGCUGCUGUUUGCCCUUGUCAGUUCGAAAUAUGAAGAAUUCCGACUGCAUACCCAUUUAUUUAAAGAACUAAUUUAACUCCUUUUAGCAUCUUCAUUCUCAAACAUGAAUGUCAGAGAGCCACUUCCAUUGCAAGUGGAUUUUAAACACUAAGGAUAAACUUGACUGUGAAACGAGCAGUGUUUCCAUAGAGCAAAACGAGGUUGGAGAUCGAAUUCAUAAAAUUAAUAUUUCAAUUACUACUGAGCUAAUUCUGGUUUAUACCAAGGCUAGAGGUGGAAACUGCUUUUGUGUACAGAGUUGUGUGGUGUGAGUAACAUCUGUUGCAUGUAACACUAAAUGACUUGUCCCUCGUCUGACAGUUUUAGCCAACAAUCCAUUAAAUGAGUUUUGUAUUGACCAGAGUAUAGUUAAAGCUUGUCUUGAUGUUUAGUUCUGUCUCUCAAAUGCCUUCCACUUUGAUAUUAAGGGGAAUGAAUGAUGUUGAAUUGGUCCCUCAAGGCUUGGCUUUGUUCCCUCCCAAGCCCUGAGGCAGUAGCAGUGUUUAAUGUAUAGAUUUUAUUUUGAUGCAUUCCUGUGAUCUACACUAAAGGCAUCUUUUUUUCAUCCAAGGAAGAGGUGAACACGUGCUGCUCCUAUCUCAGAGCAAGCAGCCAUGGAGACAAGUCUAAUCCAUGAGUACUUGGUCCAAUUUCUGGGAAAAAAAGAGGAAAAAAAGCCCCAUCAGCUGAAAGUAUUGGUGUUGACUUAACUUCACUGUGUCUUGUGCUUGUUUGUGUGGGCAGUCUGUUGAUUCAGUUUGUUUAGUACAAAUGUUUAGGGCCAGAUUUCAGCAGUCCUUGUUAGUGUGCACAUGGGGAGCAAAUGGAGCUGGAGUUUGGGCUCUGGGAGAAUUUGCAGCCACACUUUGUGCACAGCUUUGCAAAUCUGAUCCUUAAUUGUGAGCUCUCUUGUCUUGUGUGCUUCCCUUGCAGUUACUUUUUACUGGAAGUGAUUUGCUAGAAAUGGCCCUGAUUUCUUCUGUUUCUCUCUUGUGCUUCAGAAAUGCAGUUGGCCUGAUAGAGGGCAGAAUAAUCUUAGCAGGAGAAAUUUGGACCUUUCUGCUUCCAGUUCUUUUGACUCUUUCCUUGCUGCUCCCAGUGAUAGAAGCAGCAUCUUCCUUCCAGUAAAAUGGGUUGUGAUGGAAAUCAGGAGUGCAGCUGUGCCCCCCUGCCUGCCCCAGCCAAAUGUGGUGGCAAAUGUGUGCUUGAUGCUGGUUUUACCCUUACAAAUCCAAAGGCAAAUCCUAACAUUUCUCAAGGAUGCAGGAGUCUGGGUAAAGGCAGGUAAAUGAUAUUUGGGCUGGCAAGAGACAGGGGGUGUUACAGAGAUCCUCGUUGUGGUUUCAACACUCAGGAGAAUGGAAGGGAUAAAAUUCACAGUAUCCAAACAAAGGUUCUGAAUUUGGGCUCUUCCUGCCCCUUUUGGCUCUCUAGAAUCCCAAAAUUCCUUUAGGAUCAUGGAAUAUUCUGAGUUGGAAAUUUCACAGUGAGAGGCGGAUUGGAAAGGCAAAAAAACCUCAUCCCAAACCCUGCUUAGGAAUGAUCCAUUCCUGAAAUCCUCUUACUGUAAGGUACUUGCUACUCUUUAAGGCCAAGGAGGAAAUGAAUAUUCUUGGAAGUUUCUUCCUGUGACACAUUUGUGACACUGAGGCCAAUGAAACAUUGCUGAGCACCUUUGGGAUGUGAAGUGACAGCAGCUCUCUGGUGAGGAGCUUUCUCAGUGCUGGAGCUGGCAUUUUUGUGCUGCUGCAGUCUCAGUUGUUCCAGGAGGUUGGAGAGGUGCUUCAGGCAGUUCUGCCCCUGAUUUAUGUGGGCUGGGAUCAGACCUUGGCUUUGGUUCUGCCAGUGUUGUUUAAACUGACAGAAAAGACAUGAAGUGUUCUGUUACCACAAAACUGUGUUAAGCAUGGCCUCAGUAUUAGGUGUUUGUUCUGUAUAGUAUAUUCCAUCAACUAUUUAUUCCCAGUGCUUUCAACUCCAAAUCCAACACCCAUUUGAAAUGGAGUCAUUGGGCAGAUAUUCCUUUUCUCAAUAUAGGCUGAGAGAUUCUCUACUGGAGGUUUAGGAUCCAAUUUUGCUAACAGGUAAAAAACCAUGUAAAUAUGUACGAAUUCUAUUUGUUGCACAUAACUUUUGGUAUAAAAAAAAAAGAAAAAAAAAACUCCAACAAAAAUAAAUGUAGAAAUUACCUGUG